AUGUCAAAUCACAUCACAAAAUCGCAUGAGGUCCGUCAGGGACACGACUCCAAGCAGAUGAAUCAGGAAUCGCCUCCAGCGCAGGCUCAGUCUGGGCUGGAAUGCCUCCCAGUGGAGCUCCUCCAGAAGAUCUUUCUACACAGUCUGGAGUUCAAUCUUCCGAGAGCCUCAAUUUCCCUCGCUAGGGCUCUAUCAAAUCCAACCCUCUAUACCUGGCUCUUUCGGCUGGCCUUCAGUAGUUCCAAUGAGAGCUCAAAGAAUGGCUUUUUUACCCCAGACUUCCUCCCUCCGCCACUGGACUUUUUCGCGCUAUCUACAGAGGAACGAAGCGAUCUCCAAAGCGCAAUCCUCGCAUGUCGCUGGUGUACGCUAGAGCUCAUGCGCAAAUGCCAGAGAGAAUACAUCGAACACGCUGUGAGUCUCAAGUGUCGGGAUCUAGUCUUCGCCCCUGAAGACCGCGACAUCAUAGCCAAGAUCGGCGAACACUUCCACGACUUCAGACGCUACGACCAGGGCCACCAAGGCCGUCUCGGAAAAGGCGAUCUAGUUUGCAGAGCUCAAGAUCCAGAAACCAACGCGGAGUAUAGAGUCGCAGUUUGGUUCAACUUUGGCGCCUUCCAGAUACGCAAGCCGAAUCCGAUUCAUACCGAGCUCGAUCUCUUCCGACUACCCUGUUGUGCGGGCGAAACUCCAUCGCGUAUGCCGGACAAGUUGCUGUCUCGUCCAUGGACAGAUACGAAGAUUGAGUCCCUUAAAUUACUAUGUACGGAGGUAUACAUCGAUGACGAUGAGGAAUUUGAGCGUUCUGGGCGCCUGCUUCGCCAGGUAAUCCGGGGCCGCGAUUACAGUACUUUCAAGGUACUUGUGGAACUCUUCAUUCGGAUCCGAAUAUAUAGGUAUCCCAUCCGCUGGCCUAUACAUCGGUCUCAUUUCAAGGCAGCUUUGAAAUAUGCGGACUCUAUCAACGAUCCGUUCCUCAACUUUCUGGUUCGGGAACGUUGGGAUGAUUUACCUUCGUCUGAUAUAAAGCUCAAGAACGAACUGAUAGCGAAAGUAGGAAUAAGGUCUCCGGCAUGA